AUGUCGAGUCGCAAGUCCCUCUCGUCUUCCAGACUGCUGCCUCCCCGUCCUGGUCUUCGCAAUGCCACCUCUCUGAUGGGUUCUUCGUCCUGUCCUCGCAGCCCUCGUAGUCCCCUGACAGACGAGCACUCAGACCCCGAUCCCGCUGGAACUGAGCCUUCGACCUCAGACAGCGAAUCUACGACGUCUGAGAAUUCACUUUUAUCUCCACGCUCCUCUUCGGCCAUAAAUCUUCCUCUCAACCCGCUGAUUCGCAAGGCCUUCGGAGACAGAGCCACCAAGAGCAGCCUUUGGCCUACGCUUUUCGAUUUCGAACGUUGCAAGACGGGGCGUGAACUGAUAACUGAGGCUCAGGAGGUCGAGAUCUCCCUGGACGAGUGGAACACCCUAGUAGUCUACCUAACCGAGCACGUUAUUCUCCUCAAAAUCUUCAGUUUCCACUACAAUCCCCAAACCCUGAAACUCUACAUGUCGUCCGUAACUGGCAUCCACCAACAUCUCAUCCUACUGUUCUGCGCAUUGACUGGGAAGACAUUGGGAGAUUGCGUCUGCAAGAUCGGCGAUUACGAGAUCUUUUUCGGUAGCGACCAGUUGAAGUCCGUCGCGGGCCCAAUCGUGGACCCUUACCAGACAGUCUCCACCAUCCACAUUCCGGACAUUGUGGUCAAGAUCACGUACAAACGCGGUGAAUACGAGGUGGGGGUGAUAGAAGUGGGGUUCACGGAGCCGUAUCCUCAUUUCAUUGACCGCAUGCGGCAGUACCAAUUUGUCUGCACCCGGACAGACGACCCACUUGAUUGGCCGGUAUUCGUGGGUGGCAUCAAGAUCUUCGAGCACACGAAGUUCAAGAGGCCCAAAGUAACUGGAAAAAGCUCGCGCGAGUUAGACCAGUGGAGGCACCUGCCGUUCUCAGCCCUCACCGAGCUUCCUGAGGCGGAGCCUGUGCCCUCGGCUGGCGAUGUCGACGAGGAGGACGUGGACAAGGUAGCAGAGCCCACUCCACAAGGGCAACAACAUGUGUCGGAACAUGAGCGCGCGGUCACGGACCAUGGACUGAUCAACGGUAAAACCCUCCAGGAAUGGGCACUGUUGGGCAUGGCUUUGCCCAUGCUUCCCAAUUACGACAACUACCCCAGGGGGCCUUACAACAUGUUCUGCUCGCGAUACCGCCGGGUCUUCUCCAGGGCACGCUUUACGAUCCCUGAGUUAGCGGAGUUCAAAAUUUUCAGACUCCCAGAUGACGCGACUUGCACCAACACCACCAAACAAAUGCUGUGGCUCAGUGCUUUGUCCUGGGGUGAGGGCCCAAGAAACACUUCGAGUGGCACCCAAUAUGGCAACUGGUGA